AUGGAGUCCGACAGACCCUCAAACCUGGACCCAGGCACGUCGUAUCCCACAGCCGCCAAAGCCUCCCGCGCCGGCUUGAGAAGAGUCUCUAGUCAAAAUGCAAAACGCGAGGACCUCUUCUCAGGUCCGACCCUGGUCGGACCGCCUGACCGCUUGGGGUCCCGGUCCGGUGCCAGUGAGAUGGCUCUUGCCAUGGAAAUGGCGAAGCAUCAUCUGGCGGAAUCCUCGCCGACCUCGACACCACCUGUCUCUGGUCCAGUCACACCUAGCGACAUUGGUCCGGCAACCACCGACAAAUACGCCUUUGCCUUUGAUAUUGAUGGGGUCCUCAUCAAAGGUGGUGAAGUGAUACCGGAGGCUAUUGAAGCCAUGAGAGUUCUGAACGGCGAGAAUGAGUUCGGCAUCAAAGUGCCCUAUAUCUUCGUGACCAACGGGGGCGGCAAGACAGAGGAGGAACGGUGCAUCCAGCUCAGCAACCAACUUCAGAUGGAUGUAUCUCCUGGGCAGUUCAUCUGCGGACAUACACCUAUGAGAGAAAUGGCCGAGAAAUACGAAACCGUCUUGGUGGUUGGUGGUGAGGGCGAGAAGUGCCGCGAGGUCGCAAAGGGGUACGGCUUCAAAGACGUUAUCACACCCGGAGACAUCAUAAAGGACAACGAAGCUACCACGCCGUUCCGAAAGCUGACUGAACAAGAGCGGCAACUCUCACACGGCCGCAACUACGGAGAAAUCAACAUCGAGGCCGUGUUUGUAUUUGCCGACAGUCGGGACUGGGCAGGUGACUCUCAAAUCAUCCUUGACCUGUGCAUGUCCAAGAACGGCCGUCUGGGUACCAGGUCGGAGACCUUCGACGAAGGCCCGCCUGUCUAUUUCUCCCACAACGACGUGGUCUGGGCAACAUCCCACACGUACUCACGAAUCGGCAUGGGUGCCCUUCGAGCGUCUCUCGAGGCCAUGUACCGAGCCAUUACGGGGAAAGAGCUGAAGACGGUCGCCUUCGGCAAGCCGCAGGUCGGCACCUUCCAGUUCGCAACCAGACUCCUCCAGCAAUGGCGGAAGGACACACACGGGAUUGACCGACCUCCGGAAACCGUGUACUUUGUCGGCGACACUCCCGAAUCCGAUAUUCGCGGCACCAACGAAUUCGACCAAUCAGGCCAAUCCGAGGCCAACUGGUAUUCCAUCUUGGUGCGGACAGGUGUCUUCCAGGAAGGCACGCGUCCCAGAUAUAUGCCCAAGAUGACUGUCGACAACGUUCUCGAGGCGGUCAAGCAUGGCAUGAAGCGCGAAUUCGACAAGGCGAUCAAAGACAUAACAAUUGGUGGCGGCGCACCACAGCUGGCUAACGCCAUCGCCGAGGAUGACUACGAGGAAGUGGCGGCCACGAAUGGAGAGUAG